GGCGCUCGUGGGCGGGGCUCCGGUCUGGCUGAGGUCGAGGUAUCGGCAGGGGUGAAAUUUCUCGAAGCCUCCAGGCCGCAGGUUUGGCGGAGUCCUGGGCGGCCCUGGGCCCUGGCCAGGAACGGAGCCGGCGACGGGGCCGGGAUUCCCUAGCGGUGCCGGCGGCAGCAGCAGCGGGUCCUGGGGCCUGGAGCGGAGGAGGCGGCUGUCGGGGCCCGUCCGGGAGCGGAGGAGGCGGCGGGCCCCGGCCCCGGGUCGCCGAGCAUGAACCACAAGAGCAAGAAGCGGAUCCGGGAGGCGAAGCGCAGCGCCCGGCCCGAGCUGAAGGACUCGCUGGACUGGACCCGGCACAACUACUGCGAGACCUUCCCGCUGAGCCCUGCGGCCUGCACGGAUAAUGUGGAAAGGGCAGAUGCACUCCACUUAUCGGUGGAAGAAUUUGUUGAGCGGUAUGAAAAGCCUUAUAAGCCUGUAGUCCUGUUGAAUGCUCAGAUGGGCUGGUCUGCCCAAGAGAAGUGGACUCUAGAACGCCUGAAACGCAAGUACAGGAACCAGAAGUUCAAGUGUGGUGAGGACAAUGAUGGGUACUCUGUGAAGAUGAAGAUGAAAUAUUACAUAGAGUAUAUGGAGAACACACGUGAUGACAGCCCCCUUUACAUCUUCGACAGCAGCUAUGGAGAGCACCCUAAGCGUAGGAAACUUCUGGAAGACUACAAAGUGCCCACAUUCUUCACUGAUGAUCUAUUCCAAUAUGCAGGAGAGAAGCGCAGACCACCUUAUAGAUGGUUUGUAAUGGGCCCACCUCGGUCAGGAACAGGAAUUCAUAUUGACCCUCUGGGAACCAGUGCUUGGAAUGCCUUAGUCCACGGACAUAAGCGCUGGUGCCUCUUCCCUACCAGCACUCCCAGAGAGUUGAUCAAAGUGACGCGGGAAGAAGGAGGGAACCAGCAGGAUGAGGCGAUCACUUGGUUCAGUAUCAUAUACCCUAGGACGCAGCUCCCCACCUGGCCCCCUGAAUUCAAACCUCUGGAAAUUGUGCAAAAACCAGGCGAGACCGUCUUUGUGCCAGGUGGCUGGUGGCACGUAGUUCUCAAUCUCGAUACAACCAUUGCCAUCACACAGAACUUUGCCAGCUGUACCAACUUCCCUGUGGUAUGGCACAAGACAGUAAGAGGGAGGCCGAAAUUAUCAAGGAAGUGGUACAGGAUCCUAAAACAAGAGCAUCCUGAGCUGGCAGUGUUGGCUGAUUCAGUUGAUCUACAAGAAUCAACAGGUAUUGCUUCUGAUAGUUCCAGUGAUUCCUCCAGUUCCUCCAGCUCCAGCUCCUCAGACUCUGAUUCAGAGUGCGAUUCUGGCUCUGAGACCGAAGGGAUGAUGCAUCGGCGGAAAAAGAGGAGGACUUGCAGCAUGAUGGGUAAUGGUGACACUACCUCUCAAGACGACUGUGUGAGCAAAGAGCGCAGCUCCUCCAGGAUUAGGGAAUCUUGCGGAAGCCGCACUCACCCCUGAGAGAUAACAAGAACCGUCUAGAGGCAGCUGCCACUCGAAGCUCCGUUAGCAGCCAGCUUUGUUCUACCCCUCUCAGCUCCUAUCUACUCUUAUGAUCCUUCUCAAGUCUUCACUGCUACUUUGAUCCAAACUCCUAUCUUCCAUCAUGUGCUGACUAAAGAUGUCUCCUUGCUAACUAUUGGGGAGAAUUCCCAAGUCUAAAUGACUGUGCAAUGCUUAGUGCCCUUCUGUACCCCAAAAAAAGUGCACUAUAUGAUCAGAAAAUAACCCAGCUCUGGGCAAGGACAUGCCAUGUGUCUUACAGUUCAUGAAGUUGGCAAGGAAAACAGUCUGAUACCUGUUUUUAAAGAACUGUUUUAAAACCAGCAGCUACAUCCAGAAACCUGCCGUGCUUUGACACUGUCAUACAUUUACAUGUACUGCACAUGUUAAAACUAGGAGAGGAUCUCAGCACCUUUGCUCUACACAAACAUCCAGUGUAUAUUGUACCAGCGUGCUGGAAGGGAGACUAACUCUGUUAUGUACUCUGAACACCGAGGUGACUUCAAAUGACUAGAAAUGGCUAUCUGUGAGAAGCAUCUUUUGUGGUCAUAUUAAUCUAUGUACGCUCUGACUAAAUCCAAAUAGUCUAAGAUGUGACACCUUAACCAGCAAUGAUCAUACGUACUUCUGCUUGGUACUUGCCAUAUUAAGUAUAAAAAAGAUGAACUGGCACUUGGGUGUAGUAUUGGGGCUUGAGGGAACAAGAGAUGAGUGGCUUCUUGUAUAGUAGAAGCCACUGAAAGUCACCAUCUAUCAGCAGUUACCCAUGAACCUUAGGUGUAGGGGGAAAACUACAUAACUGAAUUACAGACUUCAUCAGCCCCAGAAAGCUGCUGUCUCUUUGAGAUCAUGUGUUUAGGAGCUGAGCAGCACUUGCUCUGGAAUCUGUAAAAGAGUACAGGAGGGGUGAGUAUUUUGUCUUAAACAUUUUAAAAUAACACGUGAUGCUUGGGUUCACACAGCUGCAGUGGUAUUGUGCCAAGAUAAACUCUCAUCCCCAAGCAAUCUACUAGGAUGGUUGAUAUUAAUUUACCAGGGCCUGUGCGUUAAAGCUUUCCUAUAGCCUGCUCCCAGCCACCUUAGAGGCUGUGCUUGUGGGGGAGCGGGGAAUAACAUCUUUCGCUGAUACAAAGAACACCGCACCCAAGAGCCAGCUACUUGGACUGUUUCUCUUUGCACCCUCAUUUCAGUUUUGCUGUUUGGGAGGGGGAACUGAAAACAGAGGGGCAGUGCACUCUCUCUCAUAUAAGCUGCAGUGCCUAGGCAUUAGUGCAGAGGUCUUCAGUCAUGGGGCACGCCCUCUGGGGGGGCGGGGGGGUGCAGAGUAAUGUUUCGGGGGGUGCAGUGGGGGCCCAGACCAACCCUCACAGGGGGUGUGGAGGGAGUGCUGCCCAGCUCUGCUCCUGGUCCGUGCCUGGGGAUCUCCUGGCUGCCAGCCCUGUGCCCGGGGAUACGCUCCCAGACACAGCUGCCCGCCCCACAUCCGGGGUCCUGGCUGCCCGCCCCACAUCUGGGGUCCUGGCUGCCUGCCCAGCCAUGGCUGAAAGGGGCAUGAGGUAAAAAGUUUGGGAAUCACUGCACUAGUGGCUGAAUUAAAAUGCAGAUUGGCAACCUUAACUGUGAAUUUUCUGUAUACAGUGUAUUAAGUAGAUCCCCUGAAUGUUGGUUUUUAACUUGUCCUUUACUAUUUGUGUUCCCUCUCCCGUCUCAGGAUAUGAGUCAGUCUGUUGUAAAAGCGAGCCCUACUUAUUUUGGUUCAUCAGCAGUACAGACCUUUGUUUCCAAGUCUCCUUUGUGCCAGUCACUUUUAUGUAGCAGAGAAGUGGGAGGGAGUUUGGAGGUGUGAGGCAGGUGGCUCAUCAGUGCAUCCCUAAGCAGGGAAUCCAAGGGGUGCAUUUGUGGCAAUGGAACACAAAUGCGCAGACUUCUCUUCAAAACUGCUGCAGUCUUUCCUGCAGGGGAACCCUUCCUUAAGGCUGCUUAGAUCUAAAGACGGUUUUGUAUGAAAAUAUCCAGAUUCCCUGGCCGAGGAUGCCUGUAGUCUGCCUAGCUCAGGGGGUACAUUGGCAGCUUGCCCAGAGCCUGCAUGCUGCACAUUAUCUUCAUAAAAUGGAGCAGGCUGCAGCUGCUAUCACUUAGAACGAGAUAGGUGGCUGCGGUGGCUACAGGAUUAGAGUAUCCCCCUCCUAAUGGCAAGGGUUAACCUGGAUUAUAAAGCUCGCAGGGCUGUGGUUUGGGCCAUUGCCUGCCUCUGAGGUGGCUAGCCGUUGCCUUCAUCAGCAUGGUUACAGCUGUGCCUCAUCUUAUUAUUUUACUGUAUGAAAGAAGUCUGGGCCUGAGCACUUGAAAUCUGUUGUGGGGAAACCAACCUGCCUCCCACUGCCAAGAAAGCUGCUCCUUUUCUAGCAAUAGCAGUCUGAUGCUCCAGAGGGCAGAGCACUUCUCCAUGCCUACGAACGUAUCAGUGGUGUGACAAUAAAGCUGUCAUUUAAAAUGGACACAGUCUCCUCGUAUUGAAUGGUCUAUAAGGUAACAUUUGAAACUAGCAAUAGGAAAGGUAAUAUCAGCAACUAUAAGAUGACUUCCACAAAGCCAUCCCUUGCCUCACCUGAGAAGCAAUGGCUCUGUUCAGGCAGUCUGGUACAAGGGCUGGGAUUCUGAACUAGAGCUGCUCGAAUGUUCUUCAUCGGAACAGGUUGACUUUGCAUAGAGGUAUACUGGGUUUCAUGAAAACUUUGUUGGGUAGGUUCCUCAAGUCUAGGGUGGAAUUUUUACUCAAAACCAGCGAGACAGACCCAGAAUAGCCAAGGCACUCACCUGAGAUGCAGGAGACCCAGAUUUAAAUCCCUGCUAUGCCUGAUAAUAGGGACUUAAACCUGGGUCUCCUGCAUCUCAGGUAAGUGCCCUAAUCACAUGCCUAUAGCACCAGGCACUAAUCUGCUGAAUAUUUUAUGAUUUCUACAAAAUGGAGUAGCUUCAGCAGCAGAGCGAAAGGGACUGACUAGCCUGCUGGAAUGUGAACCUCAGCAUUUUUUGUGAAACAGAAUUCUUGUUUUCCAGCCAACCUUACUCAGGACUGCUGGGUUGUCUUCUUAGGUCCACCACUUUCAUGCUGUGUGACCUUGGCCAAAUAGCUUAACCUCUCUAUAUGUUUGGUGUCCUAGCUAUAAAAUGGCAAUAAUACGUACCUUGCAGGGGCGUUGUGAGGCUACUUUGAAUUAAUGGUUGUAAAACACUUUGAUUCUUCUGCAAAAGAUGUUACAAAUGACUGACUAUGGUUAAGCCCCUAUUAAGCAGGCUAGACACUUCCUUCUAAACUGGCACUAGGUCCUCCCACUAACAAGUGCUACAGUCAUAAAGGUUCAAUGCUUCUGGGCACCUGCUCAGCGAUAACUUCAGAAGUACCCAAUUCAAAACCAAUUCACCCUACGUGAACUGUGCCAAAUGUAGGGGUAGGUUUCAUUGAGCUCUGAGAUGAAAAUGUAUUGGUGCCUAAACUUGCUGAAUUAAGAUCCCAGGUUUGCUACUGCAUGUCAGCUUUGCUGUCCUCUCUUCUGAGAUAGGGCACUGCUUUUCUAGCCCUCUUUAGGAGCUGGUCUGAAUCAGUUGUAUCCUAGGUUCACCUCUUCCCUUGUUACACGUUAAAGGGACUGACUUGUGAAAUCUUGUCAGAAAUAUAACUACAGUUCAUAGGAUGCAUGUUUCUUUGAAGAUACCUGCUCCAUACACAUAGGGCAGGGGGAGCCUGUGGCUUCAUAGAAGCUAGUAGUGGCUUCCCUUCCUCCUUUUUCUAACUGUGGUCAGAUUAAUGCCAACUUCUUCUCCCAGCUGCUUACUAGAGAGAUGUCCGCCUCUGGUAAGAUUAAUCUAGAGGCCCUUUUCCUUUUGGGUGGCACUGUGAAACCUCUGUGCAGGCUGGACUCCCAGAGACAGUGCUGUGUGUUCCUCUUGGGAGGGGGGCAAUGUAGCCUGCUGAUUCAUUCCACAGUUACAAGCCCUAUCAUUGCCACUAACUUCUCUUAUCCGUCCUCUGCCGGGCAGAGCUGCGAUGCUCUGAAUUGUUUUGUCUGGAUGAUGAUUGUGUUGCUUUUUAUUUUAAAUAAAAUGAUUAUUUUGCAUUA